CCACCUCUACCCAGGGGAGGGAGGGGGGCCUCAGCCUCAGCUCCAGGGCAGGACGUGGUGUGUGUGUUGUCUGCCUCACCAUGGCAACCCUGGAGCUGACACACACUAUGUGUAUGUGCCUGUCUCCCUCUCUGUCUGUCUCCCUCCCUGCCUGUCUCCAUGCCUGUCUCCAUGCCUGCCUGUCUCCCUCUCUGCCUGUCUCCCUCCCUGCCUGUCUCCCUGCCUGCCUGUCUCCCUCCCUACCUGUCUCCCUCCCUGCUUACAUGUGUAUUUGUAUUAAUGUGUGUAUGUGUGUGUGUCUCGACUCUCCAGCCCGGUCCAAGAGCAUGGUGAUGGGGGAUGUGUCCCGGGGCCCGUGCCGCCCGUCCUCCCCCAGUCUCCACGAGGGGGCUCUGAAGGCUGGCUGGCUGAAGAAACAGAGGAGCAUCAUGAAGAACUGGCAGCUGAGAUGGUUUGUCCUGCGCUCUGACCAGCUCUACUUCUACAAAGACGAGGAGGAGACCAAGCCACAGGUAUUGAACCUUUAUUUGGUUUAAUGUGGGACUUUCGCUAUAGUAGCUACUGUCGCUGGUUCAGAUCCUCUCCAAUAAUACUUUGCUGUGGUUUUUCAUCCAUUGCUUAGACAGACAGGUCAAAUGGCCAAUAGAACAUUUUAAAAAUUCUAUAUCACCACCUAGCAUGGAUAGAUAGUAUUGCCAUCGUGCCCUGCCUAGAAGGAAAAUCAAUGUUGGUCAUGACAUGUUGACAUGGUCAUGAAAGAGCUACGAGGUAAUCAGGCAGACGGUUGUUUCGGGACCACUACACAGCAUCAAGCCAGGAAAGGGUAAUGAAGUGAUCCAACAAAAGACAGCAGGCGGUAGGCGGUGGCCCCAUGCUUCCAGUGUUCAGUGAUCAUCUUCUUACAUUCCCGGCCUGAUAUCCAAGCACCAUUGAUUUCCACUGGCGUUCCCACUUGACUGCUGCCCUUUUAAAUGCAGACCUGUCUCCCCAACACACAAACACACACACACACACCAUCGAUGCCUUUCAGGUUGGAGAAGCUCUGCAUUAAGGCCUGGAUGAAUGACUGAAGGGUUUGACUAGCACCUUUCAAUCACAGGCUGUCAAUAGUCAUCCAGCCAGUAUUGAUUUCUCCACACACACACACAUACACACACACACACCCCUCCCUGCGCGGUAACCAGGAUGUGUGCAAAAGUGUCAAUCUGGUCGCUUUUUUCCCAUCUAACCAAUAGGAAUUGGAGCAGGGGGCUGUGUAAGCAAUUCACACAGCAAGGUCUCACACUGAGAUGAAAGGAAAUUAUAAUUGAAAGAAGGGAAUUUGCACAGAGGCAAUCUAUAGCCAUUUCCUAUCAUGUAGAGCUGGCCGUUAAGGAAUGGAUUGGUGUUUAGAGCCAUAAAGGAUACUACAAGACAUGUUUUGAAGGGAGAAUAAUCUCAGAUCUUGAGUUACGUCUUGGUUUUCCUCAGUCAUUUGUCCCCAUAUUCAAGGCACAUUGUACCCUUGGGAGCUCUGCUGGGCUGCUAGCCCUACCCCAACAUUAUACCAAUUUGUUGCCAUGGCAACUACUGUGGACAGCUUGGCCUCUGGUUUGGCAGAUCCCAGCCUGUUUGAUGAGGGAUGAUGAGGGAUGCUGCCAGACUGGUAGAAUGAGACCGGCUUACCUUCUGAGUAGUCUCUAAAUUAACAGGCCUUGAUUACGUUGUUUAAUUAUUAUUGAUCUGCAUUCAAUAAUCUGUACAUCUUCAUCCUGAAAGAGAUAGAUAGAGCUAGAGAGAUCUUCUGUCUAUGUUCUACCCUAAUAUUCUCAUCAGGAUUUUAUCAAUAUUUGUGAUUUAACCGAUUAGAGUUUAAUCUCACUGAGGUAUCGUUAAUAUUUGGUUUUGAAUGGAUGGAUUCCCUAAUGCUGCUGAUUCCUGUGGUUGAGUGAAAUCCUUCUCUGUUUGUUUGUUCCAGGGCUGCAUACCUCUGCAGGGCUGUCAGGUGAACGAGCUCACCGCCAACCCAGACGAACCAGGGAGACAUCUUUUUGAAAUCGUUCCAGGUGAGGUGAUCCAUCAACACCAAGCACUCUCCUUUUUUCACAGAAAAUACACGUGUUGUCAAAGUCAGGCAUCACUACACAGGGCUGACUCAAGUUUUUAUGAGGAGGAUAUUAGCAUAUUGCAGUUUCCUCAAUACCACACUAAGCCAGCAGGGGGUAAUGCUGAUGUUUCACAAUGGAGACUGGAGAUGCAGGACAAAGACACCAUACUGACU